GGAAAGACAAUCCAAAUUAAUUUUUAAAAAUACAGCCUGGAUGUGUCUUUUGUCACGGUGACCAUUGGUCUAAUUUACUCCAUAUUUUAACUAUUGAGAAUAGUUAGUCAUAGCGAUAACACCACCUUUCAUUUGUUGCCGCACUUUUCCGCUAUCUCGACCAAACAAAACGAAAAGAGUAAAAAGGUGUAACCAACAUUUUGUCAAAUUGUGGAGCAAAUCCCAGCUCCAAAAAUGGCGGCAAUGAUGAUCAUCAUGAUACCCCUCCCCACAACAACAACAACGAAAAGUUCAAUUGCUCCAUUUCCCUUGUCAUCGUCAUCUUCCACCUUCAGUUACUUCACAACUAGAAGAAGAAGAAAAAGCACACACAGUGAAUAUAUUGAUCGAUUUUCAUUUAGGAGUACCCCAACAGACAGCAAUCCCGUAAUCUUAUCGAACUUAUCUGAAGGAGAGGUAUCUUCUCCUCCAUCUGUUGUUUCUUCUUCUUCGUUAGAUUCGGCUUCGGAUGUUGUUAGAAGGUUCUACGAGGGAAUUAACUCCCGCGACCUUUCGACGGUUGUGGAUCUCAUAGCAGAAGACUGCGUUUACGAGGACCUUGUUUUCCCCCAACCUUUUAUCGGUCGCAAGGCUAUACUUGAAUUUUUUGAGAAGUUUAUAUACACUAUCAGCCAAGAUCUACAGUUUGCCAUUGAUGACAUAUCUGGUGAAGAUACUUUAGCUGUUGGAGUGACUUGGCACUUAGAAUGGAAGGGAAAGCCCUUUCCAUUUAGCAAAGGAUGCAGCUUUUAUCGGUUAGAGGUUGUAAACGGGCAACGAAAAAUAAUUUACGGUAGAGACAUUGUGGAGCCUGCAGUGAAGCCCGGAGACCUUGCUUUGGUUGCCAUUAGAGGGGUGACAUGGCUGCUCCAACAAUUCCCACAAUUAGCAGAGCUCUUCUAACUUGCUAUAUCUAUCUAUCAAGUAACACAUAUCAUUUUUUUUUUUAAAUUGAGGAAAAAUGUAUAGCUAUCUUUCCCUGUAUCCAUUAUAUUUUGUAGGGUGAUAUGCAAAAAUGGCAACAUACUUUCCUUGAUUUCUGUAUUUUUUCUUCUAUUACGCAUUAUACUUUGAAAAAUCUACCAAUUAUAGCAAUUCUCAUCCAAAUCCACAGUAAUUUACACUGCUAUAAUUUGGUAACUUUUUUAAAAUAUGAUGUCUUAAUAAGAGAAAAGAAUUUGGAAGUACAAUGCCACAAUUGGGUAAAAAUUUAAAGUGCAAAGCUGUAAUAAGAAAAAACUGAAAGGGCAAUGUUGUAAUAGAAAGAAAUGAAAGUAGGAUGCUAUAAUAC